AUGGCAGAAAGGAAGCUGCGGUGUCGUGGUGCUUCUGCUCUGGAGGCGACGCUGGCCGUCCUGUUCGUCCUCAUGACGGCGGUGAGUGUGACACUGAUCACUCUGAUGGCUACCUGGAAAACCCAAACAGGUCUGAAGUUGACCCUUUCUCCCAGUCCAGAGGCCAAACCUUACCUGAUCGGAGUGGGACGAGCUGACUGCACCGGGCCACCGGCUGAAAUCCCUCUGAUGGGUUAUGCGAACCCUCAGCAGACGGCUGCAGGCAUACACACUCGCCUGUACAGCCGAGCCUUCAUCAUCGAUGACGGGAGGCGGAGAGUCGUGUUCGUCACCGCUGACGUAGGGAUGAUAUCACAGAGGCUACGACUGGAGGUUCUGCAGGCGCUGCAGGUGAAGUAUGGGGACCUUUACCGUCAGGAGAACGUGGUUCUGAGUGGGACUCACACUCACUGUGGACCGGCCGGGUACUUCCAGUACACACUGUUUAUGAUCAGCUGUAAAGGCUACAUGAAGGAGUCCAUCAAACCGCUUGUCAAUGGCAUCGUCAAGGGUAGUAUAGACAUAGCCCAUGGUAACAUAAAGCCGGGCAGGAUUUACAGGAGCAGAGGAGAUCUGGAGGACAGCAGCCUGAACAGAAGUCCUCACUCGUACCUGAACAACCCAGAGGAAGAGAGAGACAGGUAUCAGUGGAACACAGAUAAACAGGUGAUGGUGCUGAAGUUCACGGAUCUGGAUGGAGAUGGGAUCGGCAUGCUCAGCUGGUUCGCCGUCCACGCCGUCAGCAUGAACUACACCAACCGCAUGGUGAGCAGCGACAACAUGGGCUACGCCUCCUACCUGCUGGAGCAGGACAAGAACCGGGGACAGCUACCUGGGCAGGGAGGCUUCGUUGCUGGUUUCUCCUCCAGUAACCUCGGAGACGUCAGUCCAAACACCAGAGGACCCGUCUGUAUGAACACUGGACAGCCCUGUGACUACCUGAACAGCUCCUGUCCUGUAGGAGGGACUAAGAUGUGUCAGGCGUUCGGACCUGGAGACGACAUGUUCGACAGCACAAUGAUCAUUGGACACAACGUCUACAGGAAGGCCAAGGAGCUGUAUGGUAAAGCAGUGGAGGAGGUGACUGGCUCCCUUCAGGCGGCCCAUCAGUGGGUCAACAUGACGGACGUCACAGUUCAGAUCAACGACACACACACGGUCAGUACAUGUAAACCAGCUCUGGGUCACAGCUUUGCAGCAGGAACCACAGAUGGAGGAGGAGACCUCAACUUCACCCAAGGCGCUGUGGAAGGUUCGUUCUGGGACGGGAUCAGAGGAUUCGUUGGUCCGCCGUCCAAUCAGACGCAGGAGUGUCAUCACCCCAAACCGAUCCUGUUCAGCACCGGAGAGAUGAACUGGCCGCCGUGGCAUCCUCAGAUCGUCGGCGUUCAGAUCAUCACCAUCGGUUCUGUAGCCGUCACCAUGUCGGGGAGGAGGUUACGAGAGGCCGUCAAACAGGAGCUACAGUCUAAGGGGGCGUUCAAUGACACGGAGGUGGUGAUUGCUGGUCUGAGUAACAUCUACACUCACUACAUCACCACCUAUGAAGAGUACCAGGUGCAGCGGUACGAAGGAGCCUCCACCAUCUAUGGUCCGCACACGCUCAGUGCGUACCUGCAAAAGUAUCGAGGCCUGGCCAGAGCCAUCGCACAGGACCGAGUGUCGGAGCUGCCGGUCGGCCCUCAGCCUCCGUUCUUUCAGAAGAAUCUCUUUAAUCUGCUUCCUGCACCAACGGUGGACAGAAAACCAGAGAACAGCAGCUUUGGUGAUGUUCUGCAGCAGGUGUUCCCCGUCUACAGACAGGGUGAUGUGGCCUCGGUCACGUUCGUAGCAGGAAACCCCAGAAACUCUGGAGACAUCAGAGAUAAAACGUUUUUGACUGUGGAGAUUCAUGACAACAGAACAGACACCUGGGAGGUCGUCUACACUGAUGCAUCAUGGGAGACCAGGUUUCACUGGCUGAAGGGUUCCAACCAGCGGAGUAACUCCACCAUCGAGUGGCACAUCCCCCCAUCGGCCCCCAGCGGCUCCUACCGGAUCAAACACUACGGACACUACAAACAGAGGACGGGUCUGCAGACCUUCAAGAAACCGUACGAAGGAACGUCCGACGUCUUCAGAGUCUCCGCCAGCUUCUACUAUCCGUGAGAGGAAACGUCUCCGGAUCACAGGACAGAAAUAUCAGACACAACUUUAGAACAACGCAUUCAAAUCGAAACACACAAAUACUGUCCAUUAUCAUGUGAAUGGUCUUAACACGAAAUAAAAUA